AUGGCCAUUAGCGGCAAACCCUUCUCCACUGACAAUCUAUCAGAUAUAUUGUUCCACAUCACACAAAUGCCAGGAACAACCGUACCAGUCCAACUUGCUAUCAGAGCGGUAGCCUUCCUACUCGAAAAAGCAGCAGACAUAGAAACAGCCGACAAAAUAGCAACUCUAGUCCUCUCCGCAGUCUCUCCACACAUAGCAAAGAUCCAAGACGUCUCAGAAAGUAUUUCCUCAACAGCAGUAGAACUAAACAUCACACAGGCCAAAUUUAUAGAACUCGCCACGACCAUAGAUACUGAAAGCCAGACAGCAGACGCAGAUACAAACACAGCAACCAUUGACUCCCGACUGGAGAAGAUGCAAGAAGCGGUCAUCUCGCUCACUACCCAAGUCAAGGAGAUGUCCAAACAAGGAGGAUACAAGACAGCACUGCUUACAGGACUCAACAACAAUGACUCCAAUCCAAAUCUUCAAGCGGUACAAAGAGCUGCACAAAACGCAGUGAAAGCACGCCAAAUCCUAAUUGAUAUACCAUCCGACAGCCAACUGGCUCCGGGUAAGAUCUCACACGCCCAACUGACAGAAAAGAUUAAACAGGCUCUCACCACGAUCACCAAAGAGGACACCCCGGAACUGGACAUUCGAUCGAUCACUCAAUUCCGUAAUGGAGGCACAAUUGUCGAAAUGGUCACCACCCAAGCAGCGGAAUACCUCAGAGACCAACACAUCAAGGACAGCUUCACCCAAGCCCUGGAUCCCGGGGCGACACUCAAAGAAUGA